CAAGAAUCAACACAAUGAGUAUGUUUGAAGAUACAAAUGACCCCACAUGCGUGCAUGUGUUCAUCUUAAACAAAAGAAAAGACUCAUUAAUCUCUUAAUCUCGAGAUUUUCAAAUCUCCAUCAUCUCUUUCCUUUUUCUAUAUCACUAUCGAUUAAAUGAGUUUCUAAAGUAACCAAUACUGAAAUUAUCCAAUUAAUAAUUCACUUUCUAAUUUCUUACAAGACCACAAUUUUGCCUUUAUUUAGUUUAUAAUAUUUAAUGUUUGGGGGUAUAUGGUCCCCUUCUUCCAUGUAUAUUCUCUCGUAUAAAGAAGCUGGUAACUUCUGCUUAGCUGUUCUUGUCUAGCUGUGCUCUUGGGGUUGGUUUCUUUUCUUCUUUUCAUUAUUUUUUGUUUGAAUUUGGUGUUGGAGAUAAGAUUAUUUGAGAUUCUGGGUUUCUAGUGGUUUUGCUCAAGGGAUCUGUUGUUGGGUUUAGGUUAAUUUCUGGUGUUAGUUCUGUUACUGAAUGUGGAGAAAGGAAGCAGCUUUAAGUGUUUGUUAGAAUGUCUGAGUGAAAUUGAUCUGUUUUUAUUAUUAUCUCGAUCUGGGUUUUGAGGGAUGAAUCCAAAGUUUCUUUCUAUCUGAGAAACUCUGUACAUUAGGGUUUUGAUUUUAGUUGGAGGGAGUUUUUUUUUAGGGUUUUGGAGGCUCAAAUUUCCCUAGUUUCUUUGUUGAAUUCUGGUGAGAGAAAGAAUGGCUUGCAUGAAGCUGGGAUCCAAAUCUGAUGCUUUCCAGAGACAAGGCCAGGCUUGGUUUUGCACAACUGGACUUCCUAGUGAUAUUGUCGUUGAAGUUGGGGAGAUGUCUUUUCAUCUCCACAAGUUUCCCUUGCUCUCUAGAAGUGGAGUCAUGGAAAGAAGGAUUGCAGAAGCAUCAAAAGAAGGCGAUGAUAAAUGUCUCAUUGAAAUCUCUGAUCUUCCUGGUGGAGACAAAACGUUUGAACUAGUCGCUAAGUUCUGCUAUGGUGUGAAGCUUGAACUCACUGCUUCUAACGUUGUAUAUCUCAGAUGCGCUGCUGAGCAUCUCGAAAUGACUGAAGAACAUGGGGAAGGAAAUCUUAUUUCUCAAACUGAAACAUUUUUCAAUCAAGUAGUCCUCAAAAGCUGGAAAGAUUCAAUAAAAGCGCUUCAUAGCUGCGAUGAGGUCCUCGAGUAUGCUGAUGAAUUGAACAUUACCAAGAAAUGCAUUGAGUCACUAGCCAUGAGAGCAUCGACAGACCCAAACUUGUUUGGAUGGCCAGUUGUGGAGCAUGGUGGGCCCAUGCAGAGUCCAGGUGGCAGUGUUUUAUGGAAUGGGAUAAGCACCGGGGCUAGACCUAAACAUACUAGUUCAGACUGGUGGUACGAGGAUGCAUCGAUGCUAAGUUUUCCCCUUUUUAAGAGACUUAUCACGGUGAUGGAGUCCCGCGGCAUUAGAGAAGACAUCAUCGCUGGCUCCCUAACCUAUUACACACGAAAACACUUGCCUGGCUUAAAAAGACGACGUGGUGGACCUGAAUCUAGUGGUCGUUUCAGCACACCUUUGGGCUCAGGGAAUGUACUGUCCGAGGAAGAGCAGAAGAACUUGCUUGAAGAGAUCCAGGAGCUUCUUCGUAUGCAAAAAGGUUUAGUUCCAACCAAGUUUUUCGUUGACAUGCUUCGAAUCGCCAAGAUUUUAAAAGCAAGUCCGGAUUGCAUAGCCAAUUUGGAGAAGAGGAUAGGGAUGCAGCUUGACCAGGCUGCGUUGGAAGAUCUUGUAAUGCCUAGCUUUUCUCAUACUAUGGAGACCCUAUACGAUGUUGACUCUGUGCAAAGGAUCUUGGACCAUUUUCUUGGGACAGAUCAGAUUAUGCCUGGUGGGGUUGGCUCUCCUUGUUCUUCAGUAGAUGACGGGAAUUUAAUCGGAUCCCCACAGUCAAUAACACCAAUGACAGCGGUUGCAAAGCUGAUUGAUGGGUAUCUUGCUGAAGUUGCUCCUGAUGUCAAUCUUAAGCUUCCAAAGUUCCAAGCUUUAGCUGCUUCUAUUCCUGAAUACGCCAGACUCUUAGAUGACGGACUCUAUCGUGCAAUAGACAUUUAUCUAAAGCAUCAUCCAUGGUUGGCGGAAACAGAAAGAGAGAAUCUGUGCCGGUUGUUAGAUUGUCAGAAACUCUCUUUAGAAGCUUGUACACAUGCGGCGCAGAACGAGAGAUUACCGCUAAGAAUAAUCGUCCAAGUGCUCUUCUUUGAGCAGCUACAGCUCAGAACCUCUGUAGCUGGAUGCUUCCUGGUCUCAGACAACCUCGAUGGCGGAUCAAGACAGUUAAGAAGCGGAGGAUAUGUAGGAGGACCAAACGAAGGAGGCGGAGGAGGAGGAGGAUGGGCAACCGCGGUAAGAGAGAAUCAAGUCCUGAAAGUUGGAAUGGACAGUAUGAGAAUGCGAGUUUGUGAGUUAGAGAAAGAAUGUUCCAACAUGAGACAAGAGAUUGAGAAACUCGGUAAGACGACAAAAGGUGGUGGUUCUGCAAGCAAUGGAGUCGGUAGCAAGACUUGGGAAAACGUUUCUAAGAAACUCGGGUUCGGUUUUAAGCUGAAGUCGCAUCAAAUGUGCAGUGCUCAGGAAGGUUCUGUGUCUAAGUCUAACAACGAGAAUGUGAAGAUAGAGAAGCUAAAGGAUGUUAAAGAGCGUCGUGGGAAGCAUAAGAAAGCUUCGAGCAUUAGUUCUGAGAGGUGAAAAUGGUAAAUUUCCACGGUUCAAAUGUCCAGUUACUGUGUGUUUGGACAUUGUUUAGCUAAAAAAAACAAAAGAGAGCUUCCAUUGUUAAAUGUGUGCAUUGUAGGCUUGUAAUCAUGUUUCUUUUUUUCAAUUGUUUAUGUAACUUUGACUACCAACUAUUUUGUCAUUUUUAUAUUUUUAUUUUAAACCUCUAAGAAUAUUGGAAAGAUUCAAAAAUUACUGAUAAC